AGUGUCAAAGACGAACUAAACACCUCAGCAUGAGCAAAAGAUGCUUGAUAACUGAACUUUCUGAACUGUCGCUGCCUCAGUGACCACGCGGUUUUCUGUGUUGUCGUCGGUUGUUUAUUAGUCAGUCCUUCACGUGUUGAACGCGGCGAGCAACCGGAACAGCAGCAGAGUUGCACCGGGAGAGUAAAACAAGGGGCCGGCUAACGAGCUCUGCAGUCAUGCUCCUGGUGGACCCGGGUCUGUACAUCGGCACCGCGGCCGACCUCAAUGACAGCCAGGCAUUGUCCGACGCAGCUGUCUUUCACAUCCUGUCCGUGGACUCUGUGGACCCUGCCCCUCUGGUUCCUGCUGAUGGGGGCUUCCGCAGGAAGUGGGUCAAUGUUUUGGAUGAGGUGACCUCUGACCUCUUGAGUCACAUGGACAACUGCUUCCUGUUUAUUCGGGAGGCUGUGGAUGAAGGCGGAGCUGCACUUGUUCACUGUCAGGCCGGUCGGAGUCGCAGUGCCACCAUCAUUACUGCUUAUCUCAUGAAGAGAUACCAGCUGGGCUUCACUGAGGCUUACCACAGACUGAAGACUAUCAAACAGGAUGUACAGGUCAACCCUGGGUUUGAGGAGCAGCUGUGUCUGUACGAGGCCCUGCAGUGUGAAGUGGACACCUCCAGUCCUCUGUACAAACAGUAUAGGCUGACCAAGAUCACAGAGAAGUACCCUGAGUUGAAGCACGUUCCCAGGGAGCUGUUUGCCGUCGACCCCGCCCUCUCCAGCUCCUCUGAGGCGUCCUAUCGCUGCAGGAAGUGCAGACGAACUCUGUUCCGUGGCUCCAGUAUUCUCAGUCACCCAGUAGGAGAAGGAGCGCCAGCCUUUGGUUACAAGAAGUCCGGUACACGCACUGGAGACGUCCAGUGUACGUCUUACUUCAUCGAACCUGUGCAGUGGAUGGAACAGGCUUUACUCGGAGUGAUGGACGGACAGAUGCUGUGUCCUAAGUGUAGCGCUAAGCUGGGGUCAUUCAGCUGGUGUGGUGAUCGGUGUUCGUGUGGUCGCUGGGUCACUCCGGCCUUCCAGCUGCACCGCAACAGAGUGGACGAGAUCCAACAGCUCAACAUUCAGAAAUAAUAUUUUCAUACUGCAGGAGUUUUUGCGUGACAUUGUAAGUCACACAAUGGUACAGACACUUGCUUACCUUUUUUUUUUUCUUCUUCAGAAUUUCAGGUGGCCUUUCAAAUAUCAUAAGGAUAGUUGCCAAAUGCAAUUUUUUUUUUUUUCAGAAAUUGGUGCUGAAACAAUAAUAGAAAAUGUAUUGUUUUUUUCAGAAUUAAAUACAUUAGAGUGACUAUAAUGGACAUUUCUAUAAUAACAAUGAAAAGGGGUUGCUCGUAGUGAUGAACCUACAGAGAUUAAUCUGCUGAAUCUGCAGCUCCCCUCCUGAGUUUCAGCUCGUUGUUUAGCUUCAGCGUCCUGUUAUGGUUCACUCCCACAGCUCUCAUUGUUGUUUUUUCAGCCACAGAAAGCAGCUGUUUUCACUGGAAAAAAGUCUUAAAAACUCUACCUGUGCACUACCUGUUCUGCAGUUAUCAGCAGGCAGACACACUUAGAGACUAGCCGGUGAACAUGUGUGUGGAGCAUGAAGCAGCUAAAGAGACAGACAGUUCCCUCAGGAGGUGGUGGAGACCAAAAACGGCUAAAAGAGAGACAAUACUGGACUUUCGUUCACCGAGACAGAAGCCUGACUCCAAAUGAAUGAUAAUGUUGCUCCUUAACUUCUGGAUGUGUACAUAUGCAACUGUUUGCUCACAAGCGGCCAAAAAAAGAAGAAAUCAGUGAUAUCAGAUUUAAAGUUGCAUUGACUGGUUGUUGUGGUUGUUGUGGUUGUUUGUGGCCACUUGGUAAGCAUUCAGUUGACUCAGGUGUCACUAAAAGGGACUUUUAUACCACGGCUAAUAUUUCCCUGCAAGAAGUCUCCCCUCGACAUUCUACCUAUUUAAAUCUGAAUGUAGUGCAGAUGACUCUUCUGUAAAACACACAAAUGUAAAUAAAUGACAAAUAAAAACACAUAUAUACUUAUAUCA